AUGGUGCGGAACUGCCCGAACCCCAAGUACAACCCGGUUUUCGGGUCUUCUGGCCAUCUCGGCGUCCGAGUUGCUGGGGCACGUGCUAGGCUUGGCGGCGCGCACAAAGAAGGCUUCGUGGAGCCGGGCCUCUUCCUGCCCGCGCAGCAGGCGCGGCAGGCCGCGGAGGCCGGCGAGGGCGCGGGCGGGGACGGCGGCCCGCGGGGCCCGGUGCUGGAGGACGGCCUCGCGGCCCUCACAGGCCUGCUGAGCUUCUUCCCCAACUCGCGGCCGCUCGCCGCGGAGGUCUGCCGUGCGCUGGUGCGCGCGCGCGUGGCCUGGGCCUCGCGGGCCGCGCCGGGGGGCAGCGGCCCGCUGCUGGGCAUCCUGGGGGCCCUGAGCGCGGGGGAGGCCAUCGUCAGGCUGGCGAACCGCUUCCCAGAGAACGUGGCCGUCGUCAAUGAGGCGGCGCUGGCUAUGGGCGUGCUGGGCGGCUUCGGCCCGGUCGUGGACCUGAUGCGGGGCCGGCCGGCGUGCCUGGUCGCCCAGGAGGCGGGGUGUUGCGCGUUGGUGGAGAUGUGCCGCCUCGGCUCGGCAGCCAUGGACGCCGUGCGCCACGAGGACGACGUGGCGCCGGCGCGGGUGGUCUUAGAGCAGGCGCGGGCGCGCUUCCAGAGCGUCGGCGCGGCCGGCGGCAUGCUCUCGCGGGCGGAGCUCGCCCUCGGCAUGCUGUCGGCGCUGGUUGCGCCGCCCGGAGGACCGGCGUGA